CUAAAAUUCACAUCAUAAGCACUUUUAUCCAAACACUCAACUGCUUUUUUAUAAAAAUAACUUUCAACACUUCAAAAUUAUAAAAGCAAUUCAUACAUAAAAGUUACUUUUUUUAAGUCAAUUCAAACGGGCUCAGGAAAGAAGGAAGUCACAAAUGAAACUUUAAAUUUCACUAUAUUGAAAACCUUUGAAAUGUCAGAGAAAAGAAGAAAGGGCUGGAAAAAAAAAAGCAAAAAAACUAUGAAAUAUAAAUGUGUAUUUAAAAAUUAACUAAUACAUUAGGGGAUAUUUGACUAUUUUCUCAAAAUAGUGGGUUGUCUUCUCGGUUCUUUCUCACUAGGUUUCCAGAGAUAAGAGGGAGAGGUGCACAAUAACUAUCCUAAAUCUGUGCUGUACAGUAAUACUUCUCAGUCUCUCAUCUUCUCCAAAUCUCCAUUCUUCUGAUAAAUAGAAGCAGCUUAAAGAUAUUAUUAGUGUACGUUGCACUCCACACACCAUGGGAAACAAGUAUUCGAAGGGAAUAAAUUCCAUAAGUGAUGCGAAUUAUCUUGUUCCUGUUGAAAGUGGUGGAAUUCCUUUUGGAGCUUUGCAGGAAGCAACUAACAACUUUGAUGAGAAUAUGGUUAUUGGAGUGGGUGGCUUUGGAAAGGUUUAUAGGGGUGUUUUGUGUGAUGGCACAAAGGUGGCCGUGAAAAGGGGUAAUCCUGCGUCCAAACAAGGUCUUGCAGAGUUCCAAACAGAAAUUGUGACACUGUCUCAGCUCCGUCAUCCCUGUCUGGUUUCAUUGAUUGGAUACUGUGAAGAAAAUAAUGAGAUGAUUCUAAUUUUUGAGUUCAUGGUGAAUGGGACCCUCAAGAGACAUUUGUAUGGGUCAGAUCUACCCAGUAUGAGCUGGGAGCAGAGGCUGGAGAUAUGCAUCGGGGCAGCCAGAGGUCUGCACUACCUCCAUACCAACGCAGUUAUACAUCGUGAUGUCAAGUCUGCAAACAUAUUACUUGAUGAGAAUUUUGUGCCAAAAAUUACUGAUUUUGGACUAUCCAAGGAAAGUUCUCAGCUUGAUCAAACUCAUGUUAGCACAGUCAUUAAAGGAACUUUUGGCUACCUUGACCCUGAAUAUUAUAGAAGGAACCAACUGACAGAAAAAUCUGAUGUUUAUUCUUUCGGUGUUGUUUUAUGCGAAGUUCUUUGUGCUAGGCCUGCCAUAGAUCCAUCUCUUCCGAGGGAGCAGAUCAGCUUAGCUGAAUGGGCAAUGAAUUGGCAGAAAAAGGGACUACUCCAAGGAAUCAUAGAUCCCAAUCUUGUUGGCAAAACAAGAUUUGAUUCCCUCAGGAAGUUUGGAGAAACAGCAGAGAAAUGCUUAGCUGAUUUUGGUGUAGAUAGGCCAUCUAUGGGUGAAGUGCUGUGGAAUCUGGAGUAUGCACUUCGUCUCCAAGAGCCAAUCAUUUAAGAUGAUCCGGAAGAAAACAGUACCAUCCUUGACGGAGAGAGCUCUCCACAAGUCAAUGCUUUCAGUCAUGUUGAUGCCAGUUUUGCUGCUGCUCAGAUUGAGAAAUCAAAUUUGGAUGAUCGCUCUGGUAGUCUGGCGAUGAGUAGUCUAGUUGAGUGUAGAUAACUAAAUGAAAGUGCUACAUAUUCCCUGAUCAUGUUGCAACCUUGAGGAAACAAAAGCUUGGUAAUCCAUUUUCUUCUUGCAUCCUGUUUAGUCAGUCUCUUGAGGAGAUCCAAAUUGUUUGCUCAGUGUUGUCAUCCAUUUGUAAACUCUUUUUGAAAAUGAAAACAGGAAAAUAAGUGAAAAACAUUGGCUGAAGCCAGCUUUUGCAUGGUGAAGUUUUUCUCUGUUUCCUGUUGAUCACCUUAUGAUGUCAUAUGAGGUAAGCGUUCUCUAGUAUGAAAUGUGAUCUUUGUUAUAUGGAGUAUAAUCAUAUUGUUGAGAGACUACUUGUUUGUAAAUCUCCAUUCAUUUUUUUCUAAUAAUGAUGGUGUCUGGACCAAUCUUUGACGCACUUUGUCUAUUUCUUCGGUACUUGUUAACUCACACCAACACAUGUAUCAAGUACCAUUCAAUUUUUUUCUUCUUAGAACAAGUAAUUAGGUUUCAUGUCAAAUUCCAUCAUAAUUCAAACUGUAAUUUUCUUAGGUUUCUGCAAUACAUCCUUACUUGUCAUA